GUCGUAUGCGCUCGUGUCCGCUGCCGCGAGUUAAUGUGUGUGUUCCCACGUGUACAGAAUAUACCCUCGUGGGUUUUUCUCCCUUCGUGAUUGCAUAAGCCGCCAAGAUUCGGGUGAAGAAUCGUGAGCCGGUGCCGGCGUAUGCGAUGGCCGACGCCGAUCGCGACUCGGACUUAGGAGACGAUAGCCCUGUGUCUGCGCGGUCUGAAGGCGAAUCGUCAGCAGACCAAUCUUGUGAGAGCUCUGACGAAGGCGUAGGCCGCGACGCCCCGGCUCACCAACCCUUGCAGCUCCAGCACCAAGCUCACCAACCUCUACCACACCAACCCCAACACAACAUGAACCACCACACAGUUAACCAUCAGCCAAUCAACAACCAUCAGCUGAACCACCACCAGAGGAACUCGCCGAGGCCACAUGAGCGGGAGUUGAAAGUGCGAGACGACUUCGAAUCACUCAAAACCUCACUCCAUCCCCACCUUUCGUCCCUAGCAUCUCUGGCCCAGGGUGCCCCCCUUUCUGCGCCUAGCAGCGUCUUUGCCUUAGCUGGUGGUGGACCACCUGGUGGGUUUCCAUAUGCUCCCCCGGCAUUCCUGGCACCCGCACCUCCCCCGCCAGCCCAGCCGGCCGGCUCCGCGUCCUCUUCAUCAUCAGAAGGCAGUGCUGCUGGCUGGAGCUUCGAAGAACAGUAUAAGCAGGUCCGUCAGUUGUACGAAAUCAGCGAUGACCCACAAAGGAAAGAGUUCCUAGAUGACCUCUUCUCAUUCAUGCAAAAGCGAGGCACUCCCAUAAAUCGGCUCCCGAUCAUGGCAAAGUCUGUCCUAGAUCUUUACGAGCUGUACAACUUGGUGAUUGCCCGCGGUGGUCUCGUGGAAGUCAUCAACAAGAAGCUCUGGCAGGAGAUCAUCAAGGGUCUUCGGUUGCCGUCUUCUAUCACUUCGGCGGCUUUCACACUUCGGACACAGUACAUGAAGUAUUUAUAUGAAUACGAAUGCGACAAAAAGAACCUAUCCACUCGCACAGAACUGGACGCAGCCAUUGAAGGCAACAAGAGAGAAGGCCGCCGCACCUCUGGACAGUAUGAUGCACAGGCUGCUCUCGGAAUGCCAACAAUGAGCCGAGGCAUUCCUCCGUCGUUUUCACAACUCACUCAACACAUGCAGCCGUUAUCACUUUCCCUCGGAGGGGGGGUGCCAGGAGUGCCUCGCCUGCCACCGAUGCCCCAACACAUGCCCUUGACUCAACAAGAGCUAGAGUUGAGAGUCAGAGAGUACAUGAAGAUGAUUAAUCACCAAAGAGAACUUAUGAGGAAUGUCUUCUGCUCAGGAUCGGAGUCGCCGCCAAGCAGCGGUCCGCCGAUGAUCUCGCCGCGUGACGCCGCAGCCCUCAGUGCCAUAGAUGUGUCCAGGCUGACCUUGUGGUCCCUUUACAAUAACAAUAACAACAGUCCACAGCCAGAAUUAGAGCCACAACGCGAGGCACUAAACCUAAGCGAGAGUCCCAACUGUACAAACGGGGGUAAACGCGAGGCUUGCCGCUCCCCGCCGCCCCCCGCCAAGCGCCGCGCCUCGCGCCCCCCGUCGCCGCGCUCGCCCCCGCCCACGCCGCAGAGCGAGCGCGGCACCCCGGCCAUGUCGCGCGCUUCCCUGACACCACAAGCCAACGGCCCCCCCACCAAUGGAGUCACCGGUGCUGCGUUCAAGAUCACUACUAGAGGUGAUGCCAACACAGGUGACCAACAACUCGUUGUAUCUAUAGAAAUCAACGGAGUCACAUAUGAAGGAGUGCUGUUUCCUUCACAAAACGGGAACGGACAAAAUAGUCACAGGCCGAUGGUCUCCUAAAUCAGAUAUAAUAAGUUUCCUUCUUAAAACCGGAAGAGAAAUGAGGACAUAUAAUUCAGCAACAGUCUAUGAUCUCGUGGGAAAAUACAAUUGCGAGUACAAUACUACCACCUUUAUAAGUCGCCUUGACGACACAGAAUACCGCAACCUACCGCCGAAUUAUACCGACUGAUUUUUUUAUAAAAUUUAACCUUAGUCCGAUAAUUAUAUGAUAUAUUUUAAGUUAACUGGAGGUUGCUACUCGUACUAAACUCACAAUCGAAAAAUUUCGCAAUAGUAGUAUCUUAAUAGAUAGAUGAAAUUCUUUAUUGCACCAAAAGAGUAAAACAUACAAACAGACGGAGAUGGUCCAAAUAAUGGACAAAGGCGGACUUAUCGCUAAUGCAAUCUCUUUCAGUCAACCUUUUGUGGAAAGAAACUAAACAGGAGAUUCAGACAGACAGUUUAGUUCGCAGAUUCCAAUGGCGCGAUUUGAUAGCUCAAAUAACUAUCCGGUUCACUGGAGGAGAUCCCUUCAUGAGAUAAGUCCGCCAUUGCAAGUGAUUUAUUUCUUUUAUAACUAUUUCUUGUAAGUGUGUUAAUUUGUGUGCAAUAAAGAUAGAACAAACAAACGAACUAACUAAUUACAAAGGUGGUAAUAUUGUACUUAAUGGAAUUAUUAUUUGGUAACUUCUAUACCAUUUGAUUUACUCAUAUUUUCGCAUCCUAAUAUGGCCAUAGACUAUUUGUCAUAUUUUAAAUUCCAAAUUUGAUUAAUAUCUGAAACUUCAAGGCGAUAAAUUCAUAAUUUAGGACCAUUAACACCGGCCUAGCUUUUAGAUAACAUUUUAUAAACGACAUACGGUAUAGACCCAACCUGUGCUAUACGAAUAUUGAAAAUUUGAUCUCAAAGCCUUAUCGAGGUAUUUGGGACUUAUUAUAUCCUUAUGCAAUUGUAGUAUUUUAAAAUAUUGAAACUCAAAUUUAUUAUAAGUACAAAAUACAUACAUCACACCAUAACAUCACAUUAUUCAUGUUGUUCUUAAGUUCAUCUUUAAUUUAUUUAAGUAUCCUUUGUAGUCCGGUUAUUUUUAAUUCGCAUUAAUUUAAAAAAAAAUGUAUCAAUGUAAGAAAUACUAAAAGUUUGCUAUGUAAUAAAUCCAAAUGCUCAAAAGUGAACUCACAAUGAAAAUGUUUUAUUAUGGGUGCCAUUUGGAUUUUCUUCAAAGUAUUUUUUUAUGUGUUUCUUUAAUUUUUCAACUUAAUACGAAUUAAUAUCUAAAUAGGACUAUUAGCAGCAAACUUUAUAAAUUAGACAAACGGGUUCAGAGCGAGAGGGAAAAUAACAUUAUAAUGUUAUAAAGUAGUUUUUAAUUUUUUUUUUAAAUUUCUUUAUAAAUUAUUUUUGAUGAAAAGAAAUUAGUGCCAUGCCUUGUGGUAAGGUGUAGGUAUAGUAUAGGUAAGUAUCUUAAAUUGAAAUUGCUCACUGAGGUGGCAACGAUGACUCUUAAUUUCUACUGCGUAUUCCCUUUUGUUAGAAUCUCCAAAUCCAUAACGAUAUCAAUACCUGAUUGCUGCCCUUUACAGCUGCUAUUGGUCCCCACUCUGUCGGCAUGACAACUUUUUUGUAACACUAGCCAGUGCCAGGACAAAGGACAUAAAAUCAUCAUCAUAUGAGAAUGUUAACUUCAUUAACCGUUGACAAUCAAACCCCUUUAUCAUGAAAAAUAUCAUGACAAAUACUUUCUUAUCGUCUCUCUCUUUACAUACUUCGAAUAACCGAAGUUCUAGGAAGAAAGAGUAGGUACCUAAUAUUAUAAUGUCAAGCUUCGUGAAUGAAGACCUCUAGACUGUAUACUAGGCUAAGAGCUAGCAAACCCUCCGAUUAACGGUCUUCCUGUAAGGCUAGAAAUUUGUAGAGUGAUGAUUCAUAGCACACCAAGACCAACAAUCAUGACCUGGCAGGCAUCUGCCCUGCACGUCAUCAACCCUUUUAUUUCUUAAAAUGUAAAAUACAUAAGAUAAAAAACUUAGGUACUGCUGCAAGCUCCAAAAUUUAUUAUCAUUUAUUUUAUUUAUUGAUAAUUAUAAAAAAAAAUUGACAGGUGAUUAGAGUAAGCAAAAGACAGUGACAGAAGACGUGCAGAGCAGCCAGCCUGCCAGGUCAUGAUUUUUGGCCUUGGUGUGCUAUGAAUCAUCACUCUACAAAUUUCUAGCUUUACAAGAGAGAAGAGCGUUACUCGGCGGGUUCACUAGCUCUCCAACUUUACGUAUUAUAUAUACCCACGUAAGGUAUAUAGACGUGAUUAUGUAUGUAUGUACUGAGGAGCGGUCGUAGUCAUUGCCAUCCGACGCGCGGCAUUGCGACUGCAGUCUCUACGUGAGACAAAAACUUUUGCUAUCUCCCUCUCGCCUCUAAUCUGUGUAAUUUAUUUAGUUUGUGCUUAUAUCAAUUUCAUGCAUAAUUGAUUUGUAAGACACUGCCUAGAAAGAAAACGAAAACAUUUGAAAAUAAAAAUCACGUGUUCUUGAUGGAUGUUUUUGUACAAUAAUUUUAAUACGUUUUUUUUAUGAUGUCAUAGAAGAUGACAAUUUAUGUAAAUAUAGUUUUUUACUUUAUAUUUAUAUAAUAAUUCGAUGUCCAUGUGAAAGAUUUUUAUGAUUGUGUAAAUUUGUGUAAAUAGAUUUUUAUUGACUGGAUGAUUUCGUACGUUUGCUUAUGUUGUGAUCGUGUUAUAUCUCUUGAAGGUGUACAUUUUAAUGUCAACUACGAUAUCAGUAUUUUAUCUAGGAUGUAAGUUAUUUAUAAAUGAGUCAGAUGUUUUCCUCUGUUGGACUGUUUGAGAAAAUCUAAAUCCGCAGAAGACUGUUAGUAAGAACUACUAGUAAGAACUAAAAAAAAAAAUAUAAAAAAAUGUAGGAAAAAAUGUCAUGAAUAAAUACAAAGAUUAAUUGCAAACGCACGCGAAGUUUUAUUUUAUUUUUCAAUAUUCAAACGCUAUUAUUUGUAUAUUUCUAUUAUUAAUUUACUGUGUACUUAACAAAAUUGAUAAGAGAAAUAUACAAAAUAAUACGUGUACAAUAGAUACAAAUGAAAAAAAUAUCCUUGAAAUUAUUUCAAUAUUUAGAAUUAUUGAACAGAUCCUAAAAGUCACACGCCGGCAAGUAAAAAAAAAGAAAUUGUAAUAAAAUAUUAAAAUUGCUAACAUAAAACCUCAUAUCCUUUUAGUUUUAAAUUGCUUGACAUUCACUGUAAGUAUUUUUGAACAAUUAAAUAUUAGAUUUCUCUGCUAUUUGUGAAGUCAUGGCCUUGCGUUAUUUUCCUUCCAACAGAGGAAAUACAGUUAUUUAUUGCAGGCAAUAAUAUUACAUUUAAAAAAAACACAGUCCACGGGUGACAAACCCUUUAAGUUCAAUGAAUAAUAUUCGAUCGAAUAAAAACACAGUAGAAAGAAGAAUUCUAAAAUAUUGUAAAUUAUUGACUCAUAAUAAUUGUACGCUGAUACUUACCAAAAAUUUUUUAUGAUAAUAAUUAAUCAAAAAUGUGCGAUAGUUUCUCUUUUUUUAUCGGUUUUGGCAGAGAUUU